AUGACCCUAAGUCCAGAUGGUCAUUGUAGAGUUCAACACUUACCUUUCGAUUCAAUAGUAGAAAUGUUGGAGCAUUUUCGACAAGAACCUAUCCCUUUGGAACAAACAUUUAUAUCAAAUGUGACCGAUGGCUUACCUUCUGAUGCCUUGCCUACUUCUACGACUUCUACUCCUACUCCAAUCACAUUAUCAGCUUACGUUGUCAAUACUCAUUUGACAGGUACUCGUGAACGGCUAGUUAUUUGUCGUGGUUCAGUUCGUGCUAAUGCAACCACAGUUGGUCGGGCGGCUGCUGCAGCUGCAGCGACUGCAUCGGGUGGUAGAACUGGCCAAAAUCAAUACAUUGUCAUGUAA